AUGGCGGAACCUAUGGACCGUCCGACAUCACCAUGGGCCGAACGCUUUUUGGUGAGCCAGUCUUAUCCUUGGAAGGAAGAAAAUAAAUCAGGAUUACACCCCAAGUUCCCAGAUAUCGAUGUGAAGUAUCCUGACACGCUGUCCCCCGAGGCGAGGAUCUAUCUGAGGCUGGGAACCGGGUUGCCGCUGCCUAGUGACCCCGAGCUGGAUCGAUUGUUUCUCGAUGAAAAUUACCAGCAAUAUGACCUGAGCGGGUACUUCACCUGGCAAGCCCUGAUUUUCGAUACUCUGCAGCAGACUCAGCCGAUGGACAUGAGCGUAGAUGAAACCUAUUGGCUUCCACUUUUCGCUAAGAAGAGGUGGUAUAAUCUCGACCGCCCCCUGACCGAUGGGUGGCGGGGGACACUGGAUAGUCGUCUCGCAGCAAAUGCAACUUUCAGCGUGGAUGAGCCUGUGUUCUGGGAGAAGCUGUCGCCAGCAAUCGAACUCGCGGAUAGACUUAUGCGGGCUACCGUCUACCACCCCUUCCUGGACGCGAUCUUGGGAGUAAAGGCCACAGACUAUUAUCCAAAUAACAUGCAAGCUGAGGGCUUGGAAUCGCCACCAGUCUUGGCAAAAAAUAACACACCCCCACGGCUCAGCCAACAGGAAUUGCUCGACACACUUGAACGAUAUGCGGAAAAGAUUGUCAUCACUUUCAUGUCGCCUACAAUGUCUGGAAACAGCCUAGGUAGUUCCCUUGGCAUAACUACAUCAUUACCAGACCCCCACCUCCGCGGAGCAAACAACGGUGUCGACUUUGCGCUUCUGAUGUUGAACCCUGUUUUCAUCUGGCGGCUGCUGGAUCCGAACGAAUCGGUUAGUUCGAAGAUGCAGGCCACCUUCAUCUUGGCGAUAACUAUGGCCCACGAGAUGGUGCACGCAAUCUACAGAGUAAGAAACAUGUUUGUUCCAGCAGCCGAGGUGCUUCAGGAUGAGCCAUUUUAUGCGCCGCCUGGCACCAGACCGGAGGAUUCAGCUUGGAUAAGCGAGCUCGGGGUCUCGUGGGAACAGUCCAUGAUCAACGGCAGCGUGGUCGAGCGCCCAAUCGAUCGAGACUCAAUAGGGGGGCUCUUCAUGUUGUCGGGCGACGUUCCCAAUAACGGCGUGGCCCAAGCAUACGGCAGGGGCAUAGAUUUGGCCAGCCACGAGAACGAAAGAUGGCACGCAUAUGCGCUUCCAGCCUUUGUGGCGCAAGCAUACGGCUCGGAUGAAUUUUGGCAGACCCACGUCGUAAAGUACGGACUACCCGCUCUCUACUUUCCCAAAUUGUUCAGAACUGAGUUGGACCUCUACGACGCUGGCGAUCCGGCAAUAUGCCAGCUCGAAUAUGCCCUGAAGGAAUUCCAUCCGAAGCUGCAAGAAUACGCUGAGAGGGCCAACACGCGUCAGAAUCAAUGGAGCCUUCUUCGCCCUUGGAUCGUUGAUAAAGGGAAAGAAUGGCACAAUAGUGUGUAUUCCCAGCGGUGGCUGAGGGACCGCGCCGUGCGGUUCCGUGUCGCUCACAGACAAGGUGACGAAUGGGUAGGUCAACAGUGCUUCAGAAAUCUCGGCGCUACGACGAAAUGGGGAGACGUCUUCACCACAAAUGGCUACCUGCUGGAUCAAGACGAGGACUGGACGGACCAAGCAAUUGGGUACUUGAUGAUGGUAAUCAUGCCCAUACGCCCGACGAGAUUCAGGAGGCGGAUCCCCUACUUCACACAGGAUGAGCAUUCACCAAGCGCUGCGGCCGCUGCCGACGCUGCCGCCAGAAAUGCAAGACCAUUCGAACUCAAGCUUGCAGGAGUCGAGGAAGACUGCGAUGAGAGUGACCUAGAGGCGCGCAACAUUAGCUUCGCUCCCAAUGACCCCAACAAUCUCAUGGGCACUCGGGCGAGUCUCAUGGCAAUUCUGAAGGACGAAAUCCCAAACCGUCAGAAGCUACACCCGGUUCCGGAUCCCGUCUAUCAAGCGCUUAAGGCAAUGUUUGACAAUGUCGACCGGGAGGAACCCCGGUAUCAGGUCAAAGACAAAUGGCUGUCUAACCAGAUUGCUUUCGUUCUGCCUCCUUGGCAGACUGAGCAGGCAAAGAAAAAUGUCGGAUACUCACCCUCUUCUCAGUACGUCCCGUACAACCCCAGUGCCCAACCGCAGCAACAUGUUCCCGGCGCCGCACAGCCGCCUCAGCAAGGUCCUGCCAGUGGACCUGGCCCGAGGACACCGGAUUCGAGCUCGAGCUCGAGCUCAUCCCAAAGCUCACCGUAUCCCACCGUCUCCCGUCUGGGUACACCGGCCGGAGAAGGGAGCCCAGACUCAGCACGGUCUAGUCGUGGGCGUGUCGCACGCAGAGCGGGAGGGGCCGCGAAGGGCCUUGACGAAGUUUAUUACACAGUGGGCGAGGUCGGGGACCAUCUUUCGAGUGGCGACCUGUGGAUCAUCGCCGACGACGGAGUACAUGGCUACGUUGUCUACGACGCGACGGACGUCAUCGAGGAGAUGCGGGUCGGCGACAAUGUGACUUUCACCCUGAAUGACCACUGCGAGAGGACCCUCCUGGGCCUAAAGGCUCUACCCCAUCUCCAACGAAACCUCGAGGAGCAAGCUGAACCUCUGGGCAAGCUCAUCCUGCCGAUGAGGCGGCACGAAAUUGCAGAGAGAGACGGAAGGCAUGGGAAGCCUCUCUGGAUUUCAGUCGGCAAUGACGUGUUUGACAUAUCGAAUUUCCCCUUCGAGGAUGACAAGCAGCGAAACCUCAUGACAAAAGUACCCGGGGGCAACCCCUGGAAGGCUGUUGUCAAGGAUGGAACGAUCGACUACGACCAGCUCAACAUAGACCUUCAGCCAUACCGAUGCGCCGUGGUUGCUUCACAGGUACCCGACAAGGGACCAGGCCCCGCACAUGAGUUCCACUUCACGCUACAAGAGGUAGCCUGCCACGUAUAUCCGGAGACGACAAUGUAUGCGAUCAUCCGGGGGCAAGUGUACAACCUGACCGGUUAUAUGGACUUCCACCCUGGCGGAAGGACCAUCCUGCGGCAGUGGGCGGGCAGGGACUCGACCCAGGAGUUCGAGAGGUUCCACGCCGACGCCGACCGGUGCCUCGCGGACUUCGACUACCUCCGGGUCGGCCGCGUGGUCGCGGAGAAGGCAAUGGACCAGCUCACACACAACGAGGUCGCGCUGAACGGGUACGUCUACGACCUCGGCAGGAUCGGAAACGGGGAGCCCGAGAGGCAGUUCAUCAUGGAGCUCGACAGCCGCCGGCUCAGGGGCAAGGACAUGACCUCGGUGCUGAACGACGGGUUCAUGCUGCCACCAGAGAGCCUGAAGCUCCUGCCGGAGAGGCCCGACCUCAUCACGGCGAAGCUGGCCGUGCCUCUGAGGGAGAUCGACCUGGCCACGCUGCGCGCCAACAACGGCAGCCACAUGACGCUACCUGAAGGCAUGAAGGUACCCCGCAACCGCGUCGAGGCCGACCUCCAGAUGCCGCUGUGGGUGGCCUACGACGAUAGGGAUGGCCGCGCCCACCAGAGGCGUCGCUUGUAUUAG